GUUGGCCGAGAUGAACCGCAACACUUACACUGACAUUUGUGUUAUGUACUUUAAAUUCACUGUUGUUGCUUGAAACCAAAAAUCUGACGCUCAGUUUUUGUCGUCGUCGUCGUUGUCGUGUGAUUUUCGUUCAGCUGUGAAAACAGGGCGAAGACGUGAACUAUCUUGUUGCCGUACUAUCUUUGUGAGAACAGCUGGGUGGACCUCCGACUAAACGCUGCUUCAAUGGCAUUUUCUGUGGGGAUAGCCGUUGGGCUGUGAGACAGGCUAGCUGCUGUAUUAAGUGUUUAUUUUCCCCGCCGUGCCAUGGACUUUAACGUCAAGCGGCUCGCCGCAGACGCCGGUACUUUCCUGAGUCGUGCGGUACAGUUCACAGAGGAGAAGCUCGGCCAGGCUGAGAAGACAGAAUUGGACGCCCAUUUGGAGAAUCUGUUGGUCAGAGCCGAAAACACCAAGCAAUGGACGGAGAGGAUUAUGAAGCAGACAGAAGUCUUACUGCAGCCCAACCCCAAUGUCCGGCUCGAGGAAUUUGUGUAUGAGAAACUGGAGAAAAAAGCCCCGACUCGAAUGAACAACCAUGAGCUGCUGGGCCAGGCCAUGAUCGACUCGGGGAAUGAAUUUGGUCCCGGAGCUGCAUACGGAAAUGCUCUGAUAAAAUGUGGUGAGACAGAGAAACAGAUUGGCGGGGCAGAGCGGGAGUUCAUCCAAAGUGCUGCCAUCAACUUCCUGACACCUUUCAGAAACUUUCUAGAGGCCGACUUCAAAACCAUUCUGAAAGAAAGAAAGCUGCUACAGGUCAAACGCCUGGAUCUGGAUGCAGCCAAAACCAGGCUAAAGAAAGCCAGGAUGGCUGAUGCAAGAGCUGCGGCAGAGCAGGAGUUGAGGAUGACCCAGAGUGAGUUCGACCGGCAGGCAGAGAUCACCCGCCUGCUGCUGGAAGGCGUCAGCAGCACCCACGCGCACCACCUACGCUGCCUGAACGACUUUGUGGAGGCUCAGACUACGUACUACGCACAGUGUUACCAGUACAUGGUGGAUCUCCAGAAGCAGCUGGGCAGUUUCCCCUCGUCAUUCUCCAACAACAACCAGUCAUCAGUGUCAGGCGGGGCCAGCAUCUCGGUCCCCACCAUCCCGGUGUCAGCCUCCCUGCCCAGCGUGUCUUCGGGCCGCAGCUGCUCUGCAGCAUCGGGCGGAUUCAAUGAGUUGCGUAGCUCCAACGGCAGCCGCAAAGCCCGAGUCCUUUACGACUACGACGCUGCCAGCAGCAGCGAGCUCUCCCUGCUGGCUGACGAGGUGAUCACAGUGAGCAGCGUCCCAGGCAUGGACUCAGACUGGCUGAUGGGUGAGCGAGGCAACCAGAAGGGCAAAGUGCCAAUCACCUACCUGGAGCUGCUUAACUGAGCCCUCUGUAACCAGCUGUGAUCCCAUAUUUAUAAUGUGUUGCAGGGACAGGCCUCACUUUCUCUUCCAUUUCAGUCAUUUUACAAUGAGUUUUUAUUUGUAUGAAAAGAAGAUGGAGUCUGACUUUAAGAAGACUCGAGCUGGAACGAAUAAACCUGAGUGAAGGGAAACGGACCGAUUCCCUCGUGUAUUUGUAUGCAGCUGCAGUACAUUUCUAAAACCUGCUUCCAUGCCUUUGUGUUUGAUGCUAUGCAAUCUACAGUGUGCCACAACAUCUCCCAAACUGUAACUUUGAAAAAAAGGUUGUUUACAGUGUAUAUCUCAGACGGUGCCCUGAAAUGCUUCUGAUGUGAGGGUGUUUUUUUUUCUCUUCCCUCACUGUUAAUUCAAGUUUUUGCUAGUAGUGUUACAGUAGAUUCACUUAUACACUUCAGUUUGAAGUGGAGAGUGAUGCUGAUUAUUUUUAAGUCUUAUUUUAUAAUUGAUAAUCUUAUGGUGCAGUAGCUCUUAUGGUUAUCCUAAAUCUGAAUAGUAUUUUUUAACAGUACAUACAUGUUGUUGCUUUAUUCACAUGGAGCCUUAACUGCACAGGGAGUUCAACACACUGCUUCCAGGCUUUAGAUUGAGGUUGGAGUUGGAGGCAGUUAGAAAACUCACUUAAGCAUUAAGUGCCAGUCACAGUGAAUCGGCCUUUCUAAAACCAUUUACCUUUUUGCAGCUACACUAGCAGUAUUGAGACGUCCGUCGUCUCGUCUCUGUAUUGAACCCUGAGAUUUAAGAAUAAGUUAUUGAUACGUGGAAAGCAGCAUUUCCAUAUUUCUGUUGGAUGUCUAUCAGACAGAAGAUUAUCUGUUAUUAAAUGAUGAAUUUAUGUAUUGGUCAUACAGACACAAUUUGUGAUAUGUUUAAUGCCCCUGGUUUUGGUCAACUUUCUGUCAUCAUCAGCUCAUCAGUUUAAACCUUCAUUUAACUCCACAUUGAAAAAAAAAAAAGCCAUUCUGGGAGAUUAAAAGUAUAUAACUACACAGCUGCUUUUUGUUUUGUGUGUAACUGAUAAGAUAGUAUACAAUUGUAAGAUAAAUAUGCAAUGUGGUGCAUUAAAAUAAAAAAAUAUGACUUAA